AUGCUUUCAAUGCCUCGUCUGAAAUCAGGUUGUACAAUGCUGACGAUUGUCGACGAGCGAGGCUGUCCAAUGCCAAAAAUUGUUUGCAGCAAGGAGAAUCUCAAAUGUGGAUCGAUUUACUGUGAGCCUGGAUAUGAAUGCGAUCACGACACGACCACUUGUAUUCCAAGAAGAGACUGCCCUGGUCUGGUUCUUCCGAAACAGGAAGGAUGCACCGAUCGAAUGCGGAUGAAAAACGUGUAUAUUGUAACACAUUCCAAUUGUAUUUCCUUUUCAGUCCACGCUGGACCAUUUGAUUGUGAUAAAGAUGGCAAGUGCGCCCCAGGGCUUCGCUGUGAAGAUGGAGCUUGCGUUCUUCGCACUGACUGCCCUAUGCUUUCAAUGCCUCGUCUGAAAUCAGGUUGUACAAUGCUGACUAUUGUCGACGAGCGAGGCUGUCCAAUGCCAAAAAUUGUUUGCAGCAAGGAGAAUCUCAAAUGUGGAUCGAUUUACUGUGAGCCUGGAUAUGAAUGCGAUCACGACACGACCACUUUAUUCCAAGAAGAGACUGCCCUGGCCUAUACGACUGCCUCGUUCCUGUUCGUACUUGCAAGCCUACUAAACCUUUGCGCCAGAGACGAGAAACCACCACAGCUCCAGCACGAACAUCUGGUAGGUAUUCAGCAAAUUCGAGAUUUGAUAGAUUAG